AUGAAUAUAGCCACAGCGUACUUAUCCUUCUUCUUCAUGGCAUUUGCACAUGGAAUCUCAAACUGUACCACUGCAUUUAUUAACAAUAUCCUAGAGGUCGAAAUGAACCUCGUGUUCAGCGAGUUACGUGGCAAAAUACUCAGCAGUUCUAUUUCACAUGAGUUUAUAGAGAGCGUUUUCACCAAUUUCAUAGUUGAUAAUAUACAAGAUCAGAACUUAGAUAUGUUGUUGGAUAUCAUUAGCAUUGGCAGUAAUGAAUCAAUAUUUUUGAAGCUAUGCAAUCUAAAGUACAAUGAAACGAAUGCAGAUGUGUAUAAGUAUAUUAUUGACAAAGGGAAGUUUUUUCUAGAGAGAUUUUACAUAAUUCCUUCUCAAGACAACUACGAAUUAUAUUGCAUCGCAUCUAUGAGAAUUGCUAAUCAUUAUAACGCAGUGUAUAUUCUAGAUUUGAAUCAUGUGGAAGAAACGAAACAAAUAGUUAGAGUGUUGAAAAAAUAUAUAAUGGAUAAACAUGUAAAUGAAUUUUUGACAGUUAAAGGAUUGUCGUCAUUUAUUUAUAAAAAUUUAAUUUGCAUGGACCAAGAAAUCUUAUCUAUAAUAAUAAAUGCAUAUAGUGAACGUUUAAGUGAGUUGGAUAUUGCAUUAAACAGUACAUGUGACUCUUUUAUGAGUAAAGAUUUAUACAAAUAUGUUUAUACGUAUCUUACUGGUUAUUGCACACAAUUAAAACACAAAAUGAUGAGCGUGCAUAUCUCAAACAUAUUAGAUAUCAGUUUUCUUCACAACGCUGCAAAUAGCGAUAGAUUUAUGGGACUAGUCGAUAGUUUCUCAGUAUCUACUAAGAAUUUUGACAAUAUGCAUAGGUGGAAAGAAGGUUUGGUCGGGAAAAAUAUUUUCGUGGAAAUAGCAUUAAUGGAUCCAACUAGCAUAAACAUUGAAAUAUUUGGUAUUUUAGAGAGAUGUAUUAGGAUAUUUCUCGAUAAUAGCAUAUUGCAACAUAAUAUUAAUGCCGCUGGAUUUGCCACAAUAGUUUAUGACAAUCCUACCCACAACCUACUGCUACGCACAUUGAUAAAUUCUGUAACUAAAUUUUGCGUUGAUAAAAAGUUGAAUUUGUAUAUCAUUUCUAGGAAUUUCUGCACCGUACUAAUGAAACACGUAACCAAUGGGUUUAUGGAUAUAUAUGAUCAAGUAAUGGAUUUCAUAAGGUCACGCAGCAGAAGUAUAUUUAUUGAUGAAUUUGAUAUAAGAAAUGAAAAACUUGCUAAAUUGUUGAUAGAAGCGAUUGAAUCCUAUUAUACGAUAUUGAUAAAUACCACUGAAACCAAACAUAUCGAUAUGUUCCAACAGGAGAGGGAAAUGGAACAAAGUCAACUGGAUAUAGUGGACGAUUUUAUGGAAUCCGUCGAAGAGAAUGAGAAACUUAGUAAAUAUAUAUAUGAAACAACCAACAGCAGAACCCAUUUUAUAUUAAGUAAUUUAGUGGAUUCAGAGAUGGCUAAAGGAGGAAAUGUGAUGAUUAGAUCACGAUUAAACUUGGCAUUUAGUGCUGCUACAAUGAUUGCCCAAUGCAGUGGUAUACUCGAUGCUUUGGGUAAAGGCGUCAAUAACAUCGUGAAUUUUGAGUUCUUAAGUCAAACAAAAGUCCCAAACAUUCCCAUGGAUGAUGAUUUACCCAUUGAUACACUAGACAGCCUUCCAAUUAAAUAUUUGAAUAUGGUGACUUAUAUAAGGGGAAAUGGCGGAGAUGAACAUCACAUUGACCAAAAAUUUCUUACAACUGUUAUACUGAUUGCAGAAGAUAUAUUCCCCGAAUAUGAUACCAGUAUUAAUGACGAACUGACACAAGUGUUGGAGAAUAAGGUGAUUGUCGUAGCUGGAUUAAUGAAGAAAUGGGCAUAUUGGGGGGAUUACCAUAGAAAAAGACCUACUGGCUUCUUUGUCAAAGUAUUGCACUGCAUAUUAGAUAUUAUAUCACUCAAAUACUUCGGCAUGCCCGGUAAAAUAUCUGUAAAAAGAGUGUACAAUGACGACCCAAUUAAAUUGUUAUCAAGUGACUCUAACGUUCACAUGUCUGAUGUGUAUUUUGUGUACAACAUUGGUAUGAUGAUUGAAGAAUUUGAACCAACUUUCUUGCCCAUUUUGUGUACAUUUACAUACUUUAUAUACCAAAACAGGUUUGGCACUUUUAAUGACGUCUUGCAGUAUCUAUCGGAUGAAACAAUUCCUACGGAAAACAAGUUUAUAGUUACACUGAUCGGGAACGGGGUAAAUAAGUACCGGAAAUUGUUCCCAGAUGCCACAAAUUACUACAUUCUGCCUUCCAUGAACGAAAUCACGAUGAUCGACACUUACUUACGACAUGUAAUGGAUAGGAAAUUUGUGGGUGCUAUAACUUACAAUUUUCCAAAUUAUAUGAUGAUUCUCCAGCAAUACAAUCUCAGCCGACAUGCUCUACCAAUAAUCAAGAGAAAAACUUCGAUAUUUAGGACUCCUUCACAUUAUACAACCAACUUAACAUAA